AUGCCAGACUACGGUAAGAUGAAUAAAUCGAUGGGUGCUGUGCCGAGGAUAGAGGUGGGUUCUGCUACGCCAGUGGAUUUACAAGGUACUAAGGAUUUAGUACAGCGGCAGAGUCUAAAACAAGCGAGUUCCGCUAAACUUCCUCGCGUGCAAGAUAGUGGUGCUGGAACGGCGGCGGCGGUAACGCCCCCACAGGAGAGCCUCACUGGACAGAAGAAAUAUGUGGCGAUGCUCCCUGAACCUACAGCAAAUGAAAAUAACCAUCAUCAUAGCAACAAUCUGCCGGGACUCGUCGAGGGGCUACAUGAAUUCGAAGUGUUUGCCGCUCCGCAACCGGUGUUACAACAAACUGCGUCCUCGGCGUCACUUUCGCCCUUAACUAAUGCAAACGAGUUUGUGGAGAGUAAAGACGUUCCAGAAGCUUUAGAGACAAACCCUGUUCAGUACCAACCGACGGCGGGCGCGAAGAAACGUGGGGAGGCGCAACAACAGAUGAACGAGGUGGCAAUGUCAAGGGUCAAAUCGGUCCAUGGUACCACUGCGAUACUGGCCGAGAAACAGAUGGCCACAAGAACGUGGAAUUGGAACCGUCUGCCGCUCAACGGAAUGUCCUGUCUCAUCAAGCUGAAAAACUCAAACGUCGUGAAAGUGGAGAUCGACGGACAACUGAAACAGUUGCAAUACAACGUGAAAUACAACCCUGCAUUACCCAUAAUGGAUAUUUUUUACUCCUUCAAUCACGAGUCAAAACCUAUGGACUGUCUCGUGUGCUCCAAAGAACGACUGAAGGCAUUCAGCUCGUUGAUGGUUGACUCGUUCAAUAGGGCUCAGAUUCUGAAUCAACAGGGUCAGACCAAGAACGGGAAGCCGGUGAAUACACUGUUAACUAUGUAUUCAAAGGAGGCAAGCGAUUAUCUUCUUGAGGAUGGCUCUGAAAUUGGGACAGUCGUACAUUUGUGGCUGCUUCAACUGCAAAAGAUGUUGUCUCAGACAAACUCUUUAUUCUUCUCUAGCGAGAUUCUCCAGAAUCUUUUGAAGCGCAAAUCAUUGGCAAGGAAAACGUUUCAAGAGCAACAGCAACAACCAUAUCAGCAGCAGCAGAAGCAGCAGAAUGCCCCGCAGGACAUUGACAAUGGACUAUUAUAUAUUCAACAGGAAGACACAAACAUUCACACCCAACCAAAACCUGUUCUAAAAGACCCCAUUGAGGAGAUAGACAUAUUGGUGUUGACUACGCCGAUUGCACAAUUGACGAGUUGGCAGCUGGCUUUUGACGAGCCAAAUUUGGAUAUUGCCGACUACAAAGUCAACAUUGCACCUUGGAACGCAGCUUCUGAUGAUAUAGAAGUGUCAAUGAAAAGUGACCCGCCUGUCUUGUUAGUAUCCGAUGAAAAGGACUUGAUAAAGUUAAACAGGACGAAUUUUAAAGAAUACUUGACAGAUUGCAUGGGCAGACCUCUGAAUCAACAGGAGGUGGACCAGGAGACUUUUGAAGGUGAGUUAAGUGAUGGUGACAAUGACAUGUUUGAUGAGAACGGAGUAGUGGGCUCAAAAACUAUGAAUACGGAAAAUAUUACCUCCACCGUAAGUCAAACAAUGGCCGAACCGCCUUUAAAGGCUACAGAAUUAAAUGUGUCCCUCGCUGACCAACACUCUGCACCGAAAAAGGCUGCCAAGAAAAAGUCGAGUAUAGUGAACUUUUUCAGGAGGAGGCACACAUCUUCGUCAAAUGUAAAUACAGCCAAACUACCGACCAAAAAGGAGACUAAUGCCGCUCAAAUUUUUACUGGUGUCGAUCCAAAACCGGUUUUCAAAGUACCACAGAAAGUUACCUUGGAUGGAUUAAAAUCGGAAAAGUAUCCGUCACCGGCACCGUCGGCGGUAAGCUCAUCAAUGCAAAUGGAACCACUUUACCAAUCGAUAUGGUUGGAAAAAUUCUUUGGUAGAUCGCUAAGCAAUUUCAAGAGCGUGACUAUACCAACUCAGUAUUUCCUGCCCAAAAAUAGCAGGUCACCUGUGUCUCCCGUAUCUUCUAAAAGUACUUCAGAUAAUUGUGAUGAAAAAACGAAAAACGGACACCAUUACAACAAGGUUUAUUUGCAACUGAAGCUGCCUUUCCGAAGUGAGAGUAUUCCCUGCAUUUUCUGUCCCUGGUUUUGGAAUGUUCUUUCAAGGAAUAAAUGGUCUGUCCUAGUUCAAGAGAUGUACAGAUGCCUAGAACCCGAGGGGUACGCGCUCGCGGUAUUGACCGACCUUCGUCCGACAAAUAGUGACCCACUUGAGAGCAAGUUUUUGAGUACCAAAGAAAGGGAUAAUAUAUUCGAUGAUGUCGCUAUUGAUGCCAUCAACCACAACCUAUACAUUCAUCCUACAAAGCACGUGGCAGAGAUGUUUAAAAACCAUGGGUUUACCAGUAUCAAAACAUCCACUUUAAGUCUGAAACUGGGUGAUCUGGCAACCCAUAUGGGACCGGUUAACGAGUUUAUAUGUUUGAUGAUGUUGAACUUCUUGUUUAAGCAUAACUUGAGGUCGUCUGAUGAAAUAAAAAAUCCAGGAGCUAGCUUAGAGAGAUACAUGGCGGAACAUUGGAACAAAGUGGACGACGCUGCUGGGACGUUUAGAAUUGCCUAUCUGGUUGCACAGAAACCAAAGGUCACUCCACCUCCUUAA